AUGAUCGCUUUUGAGACUUUUCUAGCUUUACUCAUCUAUGGUCUGGUAUUCUUUCCUAACAUUGAUCACUUUAUCGAUGUUAAUGCCAUUUGGAUAUUCCUGAUUGGGAAUCCUGUGCCUACUUUGCUUGGGGAUGCUUACCAUUCCAUUCAUCAUAGGACCGAGAAGACAGAUGGAUGUAUAAAUUGUUGCACUCCUUUACUCUAUAAGUGGUUUAUUUCGCACUUACCUCAGACUAGGAGAUUUUUAGACAAUCCGGAUGGUGUUCGUUGGUCUCAGAAGAUUAUGCCUCUCACUAAUAGUAACAUCAUUGGGUACAAUUCUGCUUAUGAUAUUGGAGGAAUCACCUACAACCCUGUUCUUGCUAGGCGCCAGUUUGGGUAUCCCAUGAAAGAUCGACCUGCUAGCAUUCAUGUGUUCAAAAUCUUUUAUCAUAAUAGGGAUGGAGAUUUGGAAAUGAGGAAACGGUUUGUUCGUGCUUGGCAUCAUAUUGAUAGGAAGAGACAUUUGGGAAGGAAGGAGUGUGUUGCUCUCAAAGGUUAUACUGAUUGGGUGCAAGCUAGAGCUCGUGUUCUCAAGAUGCCUUAUUUACUCGAGGAGUCCUCAUUACCUGUUGUUCCACCUUCAUCUUCCGUUGUUCUCGUUGAAGAUAAGGAGGAAUACCAAGAUGGUUGGUUGAUGGAAAAGGAUUACCAGAUUCGUCGUCAGGAAGCUCAACUUCAACAACAUGGUGAGAAGCAGAAGAGACAGCAAGAGGAUUUAUUUUCCUCUAGUGGUCAAGAAGAUUCAGUUGCCCUGAAGGAAGCUGUCAACAAGUUGAUGGUCGAGAAGACUCAUAUGAAAGCUUUUUAUGAAGAUGAAUUGGAAAAGCUCCAUAGGAAGCUACAUAAGGGAGAUGGCUCUUCAUCUGACUUGUUUCCUUUUGGUCCAUAG